AGAGAGAGAAAAAGAGAGAGUGGGGGCGUGGAAGUUGGGAAGUCCAUCGAGAAGCAGAGCAAGCCUUGCAUACUCCUCCGUCGGCAGAAACACUAGUCUACAGUUCUAAGGAGGAAAGGAAAGCACCCACUCUUAGCAAGCUCCAAAGCUAUCUCUGUUUGUUUUCUUCCUCUCUCCACGUCGCGAGGAAUUCCCAGCACGAUGGUGAUCAAAGUUUACAUCGCUUCGUCAUCCGGAUCAACCUCAAUCAAGAAACAGCAGCAGGAUGUCAUGGGGUUCCUGGCAGCCAAUAAGAUCGAUUUUGAGGAAUGUGACAUUGCAGCCAACGAAGACAACAGGAAAUGGAUGCGGGAAAACGUACCAGUAGAUUCCCGACCAGCCACAGGAAACCCCCUCCCACCUCAGAUUUUCAAUGAAGAGAGAUACUGUGGGAACUAUGAGGCCUUCUUUGAUGCACGAGAAGAGAACGCCGUGUAUGCUUUUCUAGGCUUGACUGCACCCCCAGGUUCUAAGGAGGCAGAGGCUCUAGCUAAAAAAGAGCAGCAGUAGUCUCCAGCAUCUUCAUUUCCCUGCUAUCUCCUAGGCUGCAACUAGAUGUCACUGUUUUGUUUCCCACCUAUCCAGAUACAACAAUCUGUCAUGUGCUUUCUAUCCUAUAAUUUUACACCGUUCGUAUUGCUCAUCAAUCUCCCUGUUAAAUUAGAUAAUUCCAUUCUGUUCCUACCUGCUCCCAAGUCUUACAGACUCCGAGAAGGUCUUACAACUGUGGAUUACUUGCUCUUUACUAGUUACUAGUCUACUAGAAUUUCUUACCUGCCAUGUAUGUGAAGUUGAAAAAGAAUUCCACUGUCGGUCUCAUUGUGUACAUUUGUAUGGUGGUAUUCGUUUAUGAUGUGCCAUAAGCAAGUGAUCGAUUAGUGCCUGUAUUUUCACACAGAUUGCACUUAGAAUUCAUCAAAAUGAUUCCUGUAAAUUCAUGUUCGCGUCUUAAAAAAUACUUCCCUGCUAAAUAAUGUUAAAGGGCUACGGUAGGUAGUAAACAUCUGUGCUAGUCAUUGUUAGCAUCAAGUCUAGUCAUUAAUGCUUUAGCUUUCAAAGGAUAUGUUUUUGUCUUUCAGUGUUUCAGCUUUUGGAGACCUUUUUAAAGGUACACUAAGUACAACAAUAAAAAAGAUUCAUUGUUGGGUGUAGUUUCAUUUCUUGUCGUUUCUUGGUAGCUUCCUUAAAAUCAGGAGUCAGUUCAGGUUAUGAACUUUCAGUUUUUCGGUAUACACGUCAUUUAAUAUCAUAAUUCUAUUCACCGUUUGUUAAAUGUGAGGUCCCAAUACCAACUAUAAUCAUUGUAAUUAUAUAUUGUUUAGUAUAAGUGUUACUUAGUGUACCUUUAACUCAUUCUUCAGAGUGUCUUAAUAGUGUACUUUUUUUUUUUUCCUUUCUAUUUUAUGAGCAAAUAGAAAAUAUGCCAAAAAAAUUUUUUUGAAGAAAUGUAUUAUUGAAGUGGGCAGGACAAUAAAUCAUUGUUUUAAUUAAAA